UGUUCUGAAGAAGGAGGGUUUUGGUAAGUGUUUGGUUCUGAAGGCACCACUAAUACCAUAAGCACACAGUGCGCAAACAGGAUAGUUUGCCUACGUCAUUGGAAAAACCUAACUUUUUGAAAAUGAGCGAAUUGCUUAUGGAAAAAGAAAAAGUUGUAUUUUCAAGAUCCAAAGUUUAUUUAGAAGGGACACACGCUUUGGAAGAAGCGUUUAAGCUUUUUGUGCCUCAACCCAAAGAUUUUACCGCCAAUUCGGAUGGCAAAAUAUGGGAUUUUCUAUGUAGUUUUAAGCAUGAAGGCUUUUCCCCUGUCAUUUUGAGAAGCAAGGAUGUUUACGGGUAUUCGUCUUGCAGAUCAGUUGUGCCAGAUAAGAACGGUAUUGGUGUUAAAAAGGUAAGGGGCUUGGCAGAUACCAAAAAGAAAGCGCCUGGCUUACGAAGCGAAAGAAAAAAGAAAAGGGGAAGAAAACCCAAGAAGUAUAGCACAAAGGGUCUCGGAAGUGUAUUUAACCUGCUGGAAACUGUAACAAACUCGCCCUGCGUGGUAUCAAAUUCACCGAGCAGUGUAGUGUCGGAUUCCCCGAAACCUGUAUCAAGACCAAGUUCACCAGAAAUUGUAUCAAACUCGAUGUGCAUUGCAUCAAAUCCACCGAUCACUGAUUCACCAGAGACUGUAUCAAACUCGCCGUUCACUGCACUAGCAGAGAGGCUGGAGACCACGUCAACUUCUUCGGACAGUACAUUAUCCGAGUCGCUGGAGACUAUAAACUCGCUGGACACUGGUACUGUGUAUUGUCAAAUGACUUUGGAAGAAAUCUGGAGGGCAGCAACUCCUAAGAUAAUUACUGUAAAAACGGUGGUGGUGAAAGACGUGUUUUGUGAAAAAAACACAGCUGCUGCCCGCAGUAGAGCAGAAACACUAAUGCAUUUAAAUCUGACAGCUCACUUAAAAUUACGACGUUUAAAUAUACCGCAGUAACUCGAGUUGUGAACCAACAUUAUGCUGCUAUAUUAAACUUUUACUGACUUGUUAUAACUCAACAUUGUUACUACUUACCCAACGCUCACAUAAUUCCAACACUUUU